UGUCUUAAAAUGCCGCAUGGGCUCGAAGCCAUGUGAUGAUGGCAAGGAGUGUGUCUUAUUUAGCCACGUAUGUGAUGGCGAGAUGGACUGUUUGGAUGGAUCUGAUGAACGCGGAUGUCAAGAAACCUGUGAAGGAGAGUUUCAGUGCGCUCAUGGGAAAAAGUGCAUCCCUGAGGCUGAGGUGUGCGAUGGGAAGUUUCAGUGUCAGGAUCAAUCUGAUGAACAGGACUGUUGGGAAAAAACCAAAAGUUGUGAGCACCGAUGUGCUGACGGGAAACGCUGCAUCCCCAAGAAAUUCCUCUGUGACGGAGAGCAGGACUGCCUGGAUGGGUCAGAUGAAGUGGGAUGUGACUUAAGUCCUGCUACAACAGAGUUCCCUCUCCUCACCUCCCCACCUGCGUGCAUCACUCCAUCAGUUCUGUGCCCAGGUUCAUUUAAGUGCAUUUCUCAAUAUCAGCUCUGUGAUGGACAAAGAGACUGCCCCGAUGGGUUUGAUGAGAAGGACUGCGUGGUCCGAUGUGAAAACCCAGAUGACUUCCUGUGCAGUGACCAGAGGAAGUGCAUCCCACAGACACAAGUGUGUGAUGGUCGUGCUCAGUGUCCUGAUGGCUCGGAUGAGAAGCGGUGUCAGUCAGAGGAUCUUUCUGCCACAUCCAACAAAGCACCCAGCACAAGACCUGUCCCUCUGAAGUGCCGUACUGGUUUCAAACCAUGUAAAAACGGCCUGGAGUGUAUAAUGUACAGUCAUGUGUGUGAUGGAGAGAUGGACUGCCAGGAUGGAUCUGAUGAAGAGGGAUGUGAGAGUCUCUGCAAAGCAGGUGAGUUCCUGUGUUCUCAUGGGAGGAAAUGCAUCCCACAAGAGCAGGUCUGUGAUGGGAGGAGUGACUGUCAGGACCGAUCCGAUGAGUUUGACUGUUCCAUACGGAGUGAGGGGUGCAGUCGGCGCUGUGACAACAACACUCGCUGCUUACCGCAGACCUUCUUGUGUGAUGGGGAGAGAGACUGUGCUGAUGCAUCGGAUGAAGAGAACUGUGGUGUGGUAGCAUGUGCUGCUCAACAGUAUCGCUGUGCUAGCGGUCAGUGCGUCUCUGAGGCCCUCAGAUGUGAUGGCUAUCCAGACUGCCGAGACCGCUCUGAUGAAAUGGACUGUGCACGACCGCCUCGCUGCCCUGUGGAGCUCAGGUGUCCACACAGCCAUGAGUGUUUGCAGAAAGAGUGGCUCUGUGAUGGUGAAGAAGACUGCAAAGAUGGCUCGGAUGAAAAGAAUUGUAACAACCCUCCAGCAAAGUGCAGGAAGCACCAAUUUCAGUGUGGAGAUGGCAGUCAGUGCAUCCCUCUGUCCUGGAGGUGCGAUGGGAAGGAAGACUGUUCCAAUCGUAUGGAUGAGGACAAAUGUAGCCAGAGAAAGUGCCCGUUCCACCUUUACCAGUGUGGCAGCAGAGAGUGUCUGGACCCCAAGCUGGUGUGCAACGGCUUCACAAACUGUGCUGAUGGCUCAGAUGAAGGCGUAGGAUGUGCUCAGCGCAACUGCUCCAGUCCGUCCGCUCCGCUCUGUGACUUCCGCUGUGUCAGCACCCCAAAUGGACCGAGAUGCUACUGUGGUGCAGGGUUCAGGCUACAGUCAAGUUCCAGGUCCUGUAUGGACAUAGAUGAGUGCAGUUCAUCAGGAGCUUCAUGCAAACACAUCUGCCAGAACACUCCUGGUUCCUACAGCUGCCUGUGCCAUCCAGGGUUCUACCUGGAGCCAGACAACAGAAGCUGCAAGACAAAAGAUGAGCCUUUGCUCCUGGCGUCCGUGCAGACUGAGCUGUUAAUCCUGGGAGUCCACAGUGGGAAGAUGGAGAUUCUCUCCUCUGUAGAUCGGCCAGUCUUCUCCCUGGAUUACGACCUGCUUCAGCAGAGGGUCUACUGGCUGAGUCCUGACUACCAGAGCGUCCGCUGGGCUGGCAUGAGGAGCUCAAACAAAGGGACCCUGAUCAAAGGUGUGAAGUCAAAUUCCCUCGCCGUGGACUGGGUUGGUAGGAAUCUGUACUGGGUGGAUGGACUGGUAGGCCAGAUCCUGGCAGCAAAGCUCAUCAAUUCCACAAUGAGAUCCCAGGACUACACUGUGGUUCUUGGUGAUAACCUGGAGCAGCCGAGCUCUCUGGUGCUGCUGCCUGAAAGAGGGUUGAUGCUAUGGUCUGAGAUCGGCAGCUCUCCUCAGAUCGAGCGAGCUGGGAUGGAUGGCUCCCAGAGAAAGGUGGUGGUGAGCCGUGACUUGAGCUGGCCAGUCGGCUUGGCCUUUGACUUCCUGGAUAACAGGCUGUUCUGGGCCGAUGAGAAGCUGCGCUGCAUAGGUUCAGCCUCUCUGGACGGAGACGACAUCCAGAUCCUCCAGCUUGCUGAAACACCGAGCCCUUUCUCGGUGGCAGUUUUCAAUGAUCGUGUGUUCUGGUCCGACACAAAGAGGAGAACCGUCCGCUCGGCUGAUAAGAAGACUGGCAAAGAUCAGAAAGUUCUCCUGAAGAGGCCCGGACAGCCAUUUGGACUGAAGCUGAUGCACGCCCUUUCCCAACCGGCUGCAUCAAGCCCCUGUGAGCUCAUUCGCUGCUCCCAUCUCUGUCUCUUGGCUCCACCAGUACCAGGACAAUCUGGACCAGCGGGUUCGCCUGCAGCUCCAGUAACGAACGCAGCAGUUUGUCGAUGUCCAAAAGGGCUGCUUCUAGCGGAGGACAGGAUGACCUGCUCUCUACCCAAAGAGUCGGCAUUCAUCCUGCUUCUGUUCAGGGACUCGGUGCAUCAGAUUUAUUUGCGCUCCAUGCGUCGUGAUGGGUCUGCUUUGAAGAAAAUGCCCAAUGGUCGAGAUUUUGCCCUCCCUGGAGUGAAAGAGGCUUUGGCCCUAGAUCUUUUUAUCCCACAGUUGCUGCUGUUUGUGGCUUAUUCAAACCACGGAUCUGUGGAUGUGAUGAGACUGAGCAGCUCUAAGUCUAAUCCAAAACUUGUUGCUGCAGAACCCAUCCUGAAACUCGAGAAGGAUUCAGUCACAGCUCUAGCUGUUGAUUGGGUAACCGCCAACGUCUACUGGAGCAGUGUAGAGAAACCAGACAUCCACGUGACGUCACACUUUGGUGGUCACACCACCUCACUGCUGCACGGAUCUUUGAUUGCAGUUUCAUCCAUUGCCCUGCAUCCUUCCACGGGUCGGCUGUGUUACAUUGCGGUGGCAAUGACCGGAGCUAAAGGUGAGGCGGGGGUGGAUUGUGCCUGGAUGGAUGGUCGGAACACGGUGGUGUUGUGGAGGAAGUCCAGCAUCCCCAUCUCUCUGGUAUUCUCUGAUGCAGGAACCAGGAUCUACUGGGCUGACUCUGGUGAAGGAGUGAUAAGCUCCAUUGGAGUGGAUGGAUCCGGGUAUAGGGAGUACAAAACGGGGCCCAAUCUGCUCGUCUCAUUCACGCGCAUCGAGAACCUUUUCCUCUGGGUCACUCGAGACAAAGAUGUGAGCAAGCUGUGGUUCAGUGACGGACGGCAGCCUAAACAAGUGUGGUUUGAGACGAAGAAUGCUGUGGUUGAACUGAGAUCCUACAACAACGACACUCAGGCUGGAAGCAACAGCUGCAGCAGUAACAAUGGCGGAUGUGACCACCUGUGCCUGCCCUAUCCUGGAGGUCGAACCUGUAAAUGUGGGCGUGGCUUCUACAUCAUCAGUGACACUUCCUGCACCCCACUUCCCUCGUGUCCUCUGGGUGAGGAGUCCUGCUCUGAUGGCAGCAAGUGCGUUAGCAGCAGCCAGCUGUGUGACGGGAGAGUAGAUUGCCCAAACGGGUCGGAUGAAGAGAACUGUGUGAUCUCUGACUCGACCUCUUCAGACACCAAAGAACAUGACAAUUCUUCAUUGCCCCUCCAACCCAACCCCCAGAAGAACUCUGUCUCCUCUGAUGACCUGGAGUCGUGUGAUCUGGAACGCUGCAGUGGCCAUGGCAACUGCAUCAUAGAAGGCCAAUCCAUCCACUGUCGGUGUCUGCCUGCCUACAAAGGAGAGUCCUGUCAGGAGCUAAAUAGGCAGAGCCACCCAGCUGUAAUAAUGGUUGCCUUCUGCCUCGUCUCUGCAGUCGUCUUGGCUGGUUUUGUCUUCACUAAAAGGAAAGGAUGGGAGUGCUUCAGAAGAAGUUCUGAAAAGGACCCCCUGAUGGCUCAUAUGGCUCUGCCUGAACAAGAUUCUGACACUGAGGAGUCUCCAGUAGACGUGAGGAACCCGCUGCAAACCGACACUUAGACUCACAAACUGUUAAGGAUCCACUGAGGCUGUGAUGUUUAAGAAUAAAUCUGAAGAAAUGCAAGGAUUAAUGUUUGCUGUCAUGAAUUAAAUGUCUUUUUUUAAAUAAAAAUUAUGAAC